GAAAAAAAGAUCCUAAAGAAAGCCGUGAAGGAUGCCAUGCUGCACUUCAGGCACCAACUUGACAAGAAUCUAAACAGAAAUGCCAGGAGUCCACGGCGGACCCUUAUCAGAGCAAUCUUCUUUUACCUUCAUUCGUCCAGAGACAAAGCCACUAACCUGCACAUUCCUGUGUCAGCGGAUGAUUUAGCAAAGGUGGACGUGUUAGUUCAACAGUUCAGGAGAGGGUUUCUUGCUGACUGCCCCAUGAGAGACAAAGCAUUGUUUUACAGUGCGCUGGGUGACUUCUUCACAAGGAAAGGGCAGUUUGAAGAAGGUAUCAGCUGGGUGUCUGAAGCGUCUAGUAUAGCUGCAGAUCUUCGACUGCAGGCAGAUAUCAAGGGAACACGUGACCGUCUGCUGCAGCUCGAUCGUCUGCGCCUCGACCGAGGGGAGAUUGGACCGAGGAGGCCCCGUGAAAUGGCCGAGGAGACAAUGGUCGUGCGUUUCCAAGAACCGCAGCUUGAAAUCCUGCAAGGACACCUUGAAGAGCUCACACGUGUGUUAAGAUGUGAGGCGCAGUGAACAACAUCACGGACUCUUAGAGGCUGUAACAAUUGGAGGUUGAGUAAUGCUAUUCGAGAGUGAAUUACAUGUACGACCUUUUCAAAAACUCAUUAUGUAACAGGUUACUGUAAUGACCUCAAAUUGUACUCUCAUUGUAGAACCAGGGACAGGUACAUGUAUUCUUCAAUUUGUCGAAUGCUCUGGUUACGAGUUCCAAGGAAAGUAAACUUGUAGGAAUUCCAUGUCCCUUCUAGUUAAGUUUGAUAAGCUGCGUUUCAAGUUUUUUUUCCAGUAAUUGUUCAAAAAGUUAACGGUAAUCCAUUUCCAACCUCGUCAUUAUAAGUAAGAGUUUCUUUUCCCCUAAUGUGUUAAAUGCACAAAAGGUCAAGUGUCUAGCCUGCGUGCUGCGAAAACAGAAAAUCUCGACAGCUACAGAACGCAGGGUACCACAUGUCAUGAUGUGUUAGCACCUGUUUUUUUGUGCCAGUGGUGCGGCUUGUUCCAAAAGGCGGGCUAGUCGAGCCUGGAAUGGCCAUAAAUCGUUUUAAGUUACUUUCUUUAACAGUUUUGAGUGCCUAAACUAUUUUGCUACACUCGUAGCUGGAAAUGCACAGUGCAAGCAAACAAUGUACAUUUUAAAAUACAAAGGAGAAAAGAUAAGCUUAUAGCUAGUAAGUUGACGAUGUAGCUAGGAUUACCAAGUGACGUCUUGAGAGUCCAGUCUUAAUUCAAUGACUGGUGACGACUAGUACUGACGCUGAUGCUAGACCAGGUUAAUCUGGGUUAACAGAUUGACCAUUUGGUUUUGAAUCUGCGUCAAGAUUCUGUAGUUAUAGCAAGGAUUUGAGGUAUAUAUAGUCCCAUCUGACUUCAUUGUAGAAGUCUUAAGAAGACUUUAAUACAUGUACUUCUGUUGUAAGAAGAAUGGCAACCGCAAAGUACACACGCAUGUUGUGCAAGUCAGAUAUAGGUAUGCGGUAAUUGAGAAAAUAUCUGAAGGCCUCAACACUUGACUAACGAACCACCAAAUGUUGUACAACUGCCAGCUAAAGUAAUGAACAGUUUUGCAGAGGAAGGAGACCAAUAGCCCAGUACAAUAUCAUUGGUCAAGAUUUUGUUGGCGCCUAUGCGGUUCACGUAUUAGGUUCCUGAAGGUAGACUGAAAAAAAACACACCAUAGAAGAUAUUGUUGGUAACUUGACGAACUUGAUGGUAGUUCUGAUACAUGUGCAUUGGCACUUAAAAAAUGCCCUUUAGUACUUGUAAGUAAUUAACUAGACUGUAAAUAGAUUAUUUAAGUUAGAUGCUGGUAAUCUUAUUCACUGAAUACAACUGUAUUCAGGUGCUUGUAAUCUACUUGCAAAUAA